CUAGCUCUUUAAUCUCUCAUCAUCAUUCACCACAAUCACAAAACACAUCCAUUAAUUAAUAAUCUCUCAUAUAUCGAUCCAUAUAUAUUUAUUAUUAUUUCCCAAUAACAAUUUUCUCAAUAGUUACUUUAAUAUUCAUUAAAGAGAAAAAUCAUGCAUACAUUAUUGACAUUAAUAUUGUUGGCUGUAAUAAGCAGUGGAACAACAAGAUGCAUAGGUGGUGAACUGUCUUCAUCAAAAUUCUACGAUGAAAGUUGUCCAAAAGCUCUGUCAACCAUCCGAUCUUCCAUCACACGAGCUGUUUCACGCGAACGCCGCAUGGCAGCUUCUCUCAUUCGACUUCACUUUCAUGAUUGCUUUGUUCACGGUUGUGAUGCAUCCAUUUUACUGAAUGAUUCGGAUUCUAUUGAAAGUGAGCAAAACGCUCUUCAAAAUAAGGAUUCUGUAAGAGGUUUUAAUGUGAUUGAAGAUGCCAAGUCAGCGGUGGAGAAGAUUUGCCCAGGAGUUGUUUCUUGUGCUGAUAUACUUGCCAUUGCGGCAAGAGACGCAACUGUUGCGGUAAGCGGUCCAUCAUGGGAUGUGAAGCUUGGAAGAAGAGACUCAACCACAGCAAGCAAAUCUCGAGCUGAAAAAGAUCUUCCUCUAUUCACAGCCACUCUUGAUAAUCUCAUCAGCUUAUUUGAAAAAAAAGGCCUUAAUGCCAGAGACAUGGUUGCUCUAUCAGGCUCCCAUACAAUUGGACAAGCCCAGUGUGGCCUGUUUCGUUCAAGAAUAUACGACACUAAGAGCGAUAUUGAUGCUAACUUUGCUAGAACCCGCCAACGCCGGUGUCCAGCUGUUAGCUCACCUAAAGCGGACGCCAUGUUGGCUGCACUUGAUUUGGUGACUCCCAACUCGUUUGAUGCCAAUUACUUCAAGAAUUUGAUUCAGAAGAAAGGCCUUCUUGAGUCUGACCAAGUACUCUUCAGUGGUGGAUCCACUGAUGCCAUUGUCACUGAGUACAGCAAAAGCCCUAAGACUUUUAGGGCUGAUUUUGCAUCUGCCAUGAUCAAAAUGGGUGAUAUUCAACCUCUCACUGGUUCAGCUGGACAAAUAAGAAGGAUUUGCUCUAUCGUUAACUAAACACAAUUUAUAAUAAUUUACCCUAAAUUUCUUUCAUUCAUUUCAAAUGUACCUAGUUUUUCUUUUCUUUCAAUAAUUGCCUGUUGCAUGCAUGGCUUGAUCUCAAUUGUAAUAAAUACAAAAUUUCACUUUUUUCUUAAUAGAGAACAAAUUUUUAUUUUA